AUGCAGCAUAAUCUGGAACAGCAAAUACAAGCCCGUAAUCAAUCUGGUGUCACGGAAGAGGCGUUGCGCGAGUUCUCGAUGAUGUUCAAGCACUUCGACAAGGAGAAAUCUGGACGUCUGGAUCACCAACAAUUCAAGAGUUGCUCUAGCGAGCGCUUGGCUACGAUCUUCCGAUGGUGGAUGAGGGCCAGCCUGAGCCAGAAUUUCAAUCGCAUCCUCGAUAUUGUUGAUCCAAAUCGUGACGGUUACUCAUCCGAGGAGAUCGAGAUGGCGUUCCGUGCCCUUUCCAAGAAUUUCCGUCCCUAUGUUACUGCCGAGGAGCUUUACGCGUUAAGCAGGAGUUUGUCUGUUGAAGUCAGCGCGAACCUCACCACGGAACAAGCCGAGUACUGUAUCAAGAGGAUGAAGCCGUACACGGAAGCGAUUUCUGGUCGCUCAAUCCAAGGAGGUCUCGAUUACGAGCAAUUCGGCAUGCUCUCUUCCAAAGUUAAAGAUAAUCGGCUUUUAUCGAUAAGCUUGUUAUCAUCGAUUAUUAUAGUGUAA